UAUGAAAAAAGACUGGGAGGUGGGAGGUGGCUUGAGAGGCGUUUCACAGCGACUGAGCCUGACGGGCUUUCUGCGAUAAACCCUCCACAGUGGAGGAGCUCAGACUCCAAGAAGCUAGUGUCUAGCUGCGGCCCGGAGCAACGAUGGACAGUCUGGUAUUCAGGAGACCUUUCUGCCAUCUCUCCACCUACAGCCUGAUUUGGGGCAUGGCAGCAGUAGCGCUGGGCACAGCUCAAGUGGAAGUGGUAACCCAGGACGAAAGAAAGCCGCUCCACACAUCUGCAUCCUUACGAUGUUCUCUGAAAACAUCUCAGGAACCCUUGAUUGUGACAUGGCAGAAGAAGAAAGCCGUGAGCCCAGAGAACAUGAUCACUUACAGCAAAACCCAUGGGGUUGUGGUCCAGCCUGCCUAUAGAGACAGAGUAAACAUUACUGAGCUGGGACUCUGGAACACGAGCAUCACCUUCUGGAACACCACAGUGGAUGAUGAGGGCUGCUACAUGUGUCUCUUCAAUACCUUUGGUUCUGGGAAGGUCUCGGGAACAGCUUGCCUCACCCUCUAUGUACAGCCCAUAGUAUCCCUUCACUACAACUAUUUUGAAGACCACCUAAACAUCACUUGCUCUGCGACUGCCCGUCCAGCCCCUGCCAUCUCCUGGAAGGGCACUGGGUCAGGAAUUGAGAAUAGUACUGAGAGUCACUACCAUUCAAACGGGACUACAUCUGUCACCAGCAUCCUCCGGGUUAAAGACCCCAAGAAUCAGGUUGGGAAGGAAGUGAUCUGCCAGGUUUUGUACCUGGGAACUGUGACUGACUACAAGCAGACUCUGGACAAAGGAUUUUGGUUUUCAGUUCCAUUGUUGCUAAGCAUUGUUUCUCUGGUAAUUCUUCUGGUCUUGAUCUCAAUCUUAUUAUACUGGAAACGCCACCGAAGUCAGGAGCGAGGUGAGUCAUCACAGGGGAUGCAAAGAAUGAAAUAAGAGACCUAUAGAAAUUAUACAGAACCCUGAAAGUUUUUCCCUGGUCUACUUGAAUCUGCUAUGAAAGGAAAGCAGGAGGGAAAAGGUCAUUCUCCAUGGGACCUAAAAAGAGCAAAUGACAUGGAAGCCAGCCUGUGAGGGGUUUGACUUUUUGCUGCCAUUCCAGUUCUUCAGCGUUUGUAUUCCAAGAGGAAGACAUGUGCCUCAGGUCUGUUGUAGGACUUGAUUUUGUAGAGCAAUGCAGUGCCGUGCUGUUAGAAAGACACCAGACUUAAAAACACCAGUGUGGAGUCGGCUCCCAGGCUGACUUUGGCUCCCGCCAAAGGGGGGAAAAGUCGUCAAUUUACCUCACAGAGCUUCCUCAUCCUUAUACAAAAUAGAAAAGAGUGGGACCAGAAUAUUUGCCAUGUCUGAAACCUGAUGGAAUUCUAGGAAGAAAAGUUAAGAAUAAACAAAGAAACAAGUUAAAAGAAAGAGAAGAAAGAACACAGGAGGGUUCAAAGAACUUCUGAGACUACCUUUUGCCUUUCUGUUGGUGUCCCAUCUCUGCUUUUGUUCAUAGGUCCACGAGUGUGUUUCCACAUUGUUUGAAUAUCUAGUCUACUACCUGCUACUGCUCUGCUAAUUGUUGGCCUUGCUAGAAUCCUUGAUUCCUCUGCUGUUCUCCUUGUGCUUCUGUGAGGGUUACUAUGCUGAAAAUAGAGAAGAAUUUAGUGUGAAGUACCACUGGCAAAUGUAACAUGUCCAUUUAACUUAUUUUUUUUUUUUUAGCACUUAGGCAAUAUUGUUAGUCUUAGACAGUAGUUCACAUCUUUACAAAAGCAUGCUUUUCCUGUCUGUUUGGCCCACUGUAUCACCCUCUUUUAGGCCAUUCUGACUCCCAUCUAGUGUAAUGAUAAUAUAUUAUGAAAACAGAUGCGUAAGAAUUUCCUGUACAGUGGUCAGUUGUAUGUGAUCUCCCUCCCCUUAAGCUUCUUUUUCUGUGAUUUAACUUUUUACAAACAGAAUACAAUACUCUGGAAUACAAUCCCUUUGUUCUAAAGACAUUGUAAGCUAUAAAUUCUUCACCCUUUGACAAAACUAGUGAAGUUGUUUUCUGUACCUUUUGUCUGUCUCUAUACAGGAAUGACCUAGGAAUUCAAGUGUAACUUGUUUUCAUUGUUGAACUGGUUAUUUAUAUGCUCGGUAGGUAUGCUUUCCACCUGUUAUUUAAUUCUGUAAAAUUUCUUAUAUUUGUAUUAAAAUACUGAGCAAUUAAAAGUGUCAACUAAAUACUUGAUGUGUGGCAUUCCCUCGAGAAAUAGAGAAAUAAAGAAAAACACUUGGAUUUUC